UGUAACAUGGCGAUAGCAGCUGGUGAAUUCGUGUUUUGCUGCUCUUUUAUCGUUUAAAUUUGUUAACAUUUCAUAAGUGAUUUUUUUACCUUUAGAAUGCUACACGAUUCGUCGCAAGUUAGUAAUAAGUCAUUUUUAUAGAUAUAUACAGUAGACCCCCGUUUUACGACCGCUUAUUUUAUUACCUCCGGUUUUUAUGACUGAAAUAAAUGUUCUGUUAUUGUAAAUACAGAACCGCAGGAACGAGACGUUUCCAUCGACGUUACAUUACCAUCUGAUUAAGGCCAUUGCGCAUAACUGAAUAAAACGUUGUAAUUGGUAUGAUUGGUUUUUUGGUAAUGGAAUCGACAUGGUUUAUUUUUUAUCCAAAUCCAAGCUCCAGAUUUAGAUUCAAACCAAUAUCCAGUCUUGUAGUCAUUGGCUCGAGUUACUAUGCCGUGAUCGCAAAUAGACGAGGAGAUUAAUCGAUGAUUUACGGUUGAAUUGAAUUGUAAUUUGCCUUGCACUUCGAUAUUUAUUGGCAGAGUUUACCGUAUUUAUGCCCCGAAAAAUGUCCGGAAAGAGAAAAGGCAAACUCGAGAAUAAGAAAUCUUUAAAGAAGAGAAAGGCUAUAACGUUAGAAGAGAAACUUGAAAUUUUAAGCCUUCACGAAGCGGGAACGAAAGUGAUGGAUCUUGCCUAUAAGUUUCGAUUGUCUCAUUCUACGAUAAGCACCAUCUUAAAGAACAGACGCAAAGUUUUGGACGAAGUGAAGAGUGCUAGUCCUAUGCAGGCGACCACGAUUAGGAAGAGGGAAGGCUUAAUUCCUGAAGUGGAAAAAGUGUUAAUUGCCUGGAUCAAUCGGCGGACUCGGACCAUUCGUACGCCGUUGAGUCAGGCUGCGAUUUCGGCAAAGGCGCUGUCCAUCUUCGAUACGUUGAAGAGCCAGCGUGGCGAGACGUCGGAAGGCGAGACUUUUAGUGCGAGCAAAGGCUGGUUUGACCGCUUUAGAAAGAGGGCCGGUUGGCACAAGACGAAGACGAGGGGUAAAGCCAUGGGCGCCAAUGAUGAAGCCGUAAAAGAUUUUCCAGAAAAGUUGGCUAAAGUCAUUUUAGAAGAAGGAUAUUGUUCGCGACAGGUUUUUAACGUAGACGAAACGGGACUCUUUUGGAAACGGAUGCCUUUGCAAACUUCUCUCGCCAAAGAAGAAAAAUCGAUGCCCGGCUUUAAGGCAGCAAAAGAUUGGGUGACGUUACUGUUGGGUGCAAAUGCGGCGGGCGAUUGUAAAUUGAAGCCCUUGUUGAUCUAUCGUGCCGAGACGCCGAGAGCACUUAAGGGAGUGUAUAAGAGAACACUACCGGUGAUUUGGAAAUGGAAUGCUAGGGCUUGGAUGACUGGAUCAAUUUUUAAAGAAUGGUUUUAUCGGCAUUUUGUUCCUGAGGUCAAAGAGUAUUGUACUAAUAAUGAUCUUCCUUUUAAAAUUUUGCUACUUUUGGAUAAUGCACCAAGUCAUCCUUUAAUCCUUCAACAUGCUCACCCUAACAUAAAGAUAAUGUUUUUUCCCCUAAAUACCACUUCAGUUCUUCAACCAAUGUACCAAGGUGUUAUAACUGCCUUUAAGGCAUAUUAUUUACGUAGAACAUUUGAAGAAAUUUUAAAGGCAGUUGAUACAGAAGAAAACCUAACAGUUCGAGAGUUUUGGCGAAAAUUUAACAUUUUAGAUGCUAUAAAAAUAAUUGUUGAUGCUUGGAACGAAAUUACUGAAUUGAACCUGAAGGGAGUCUGGAAGAAACUCUGCCCACAUUUUGUCGAAGACUUUGAAGAUUUUGAAUUGUCGUUGGAAAAGGCAACGACAACCGUGGUUGAGAUAGCAAAUCGUUUGAAUCUAGAAGUCUCUGAUAAAGAUGUAAAUGAAUUGCUGAACUCGCACGAAAAGGAACCUACCGUCGAGGAACUUAUUGAAAUUGCUGAACAAGGAACUGUUGAAACAGAUGAAGACAAUGAUGACGAAGAAGAAGAAGUACUUGAAGAACCUAAUCCUGCCCCUUCCUUUACAUUGCAAAGACUUACAGAAGCUUUUGAAAAAAUUGACUCUGGACUAAAAAUCUUGCAAACGGAUGAUCCAAAUUUUGAACGAAGCUCGCUAGUCUUGGAUAUGAUCAGAAAUGCUUUAUCAUGUUAUAUGGAAAUAUAUAGAGAAAAGAAAAAAAAUUCUUUACUUCAGAAUAAACACUAGAAUGGUUCCAACUGAAUAUGUAAUGAAAGAAUAUAUAAAACCAAUGGAUCUAUUUUCUCAAAAGGAAUUGGUAUUUGCAGCUGCUCCAAUGGUUAGAU